GAUUAUUUUGGUGUCUGUUCAGAGGUGAUGAUCAAGGACAAUGUUGUGGUGGUUUAUGAGGUGCUGGAGGAGAUGCUGGACAAUGGCUUUCCAUUGGCAACGGAGUCUAAUAUUCUUAAGGAACUGAUAAAACCUCCUACUAUCCUGCGAACAGUUGUCAACACCAUCACAGGAAGCACUAAUGUGGGUGACCAGCUUCCUACUGGACAGCUAUCAGUGGUGCCUUGGAGACGUACUGGUGUAAAAUAUACCAACAAUGAAGCAUAUUUUGAUGUGAUUGAGGAGAUAGAUGCAAUCAUUGACAAAUCGGGUUCCACAAUUACUGCUGAAAUCCAAGGGGUGAUUGAUGCUUGUGUCAAGCUGACUGGGAUGCCAGACCUUACCCUCUCAUUUAUGAACCCUCGGUUACUGGAUGAUGUCAGCUUUCAUCCAUGUGUGCGUUUUAAGCGCUGGGAGUCAGAGAGAAUACUCUCCUUCAUUCCACCUGAUGGAAAUUUUCGCUUGCUCUCCUACCAUGUCAGUGCUCAGAAUCUUGUGGCAAUUCCUGUCUACGUUAAACACAACAUCAGUUUCCGUGAUAGCAGCUCACUGGGACGUUUUGAGAUCACAGUGGGGCCAAAGCAGACUAUGGGGAAGACUGUAGAAGGAGUGAUGGUCACCAGCCAGAUGCCAAAAGGUGUCUUAAAUAUGACCCUCACACCCUCUCAGGGAACACAUAUCUUCGAUCCAGUUACAAAGUUGCUGUCAUGGGAUGUGGGGAAAAUAAACCCCCAGAAGCUGCCAAGCCUGAAGGGGAAUGUGAGCCUGCAAGCUGGGACAUCAAAACCAGAUGAAAACCCCACCAUUAACCUGCAGUUUAAAAUUCAGCAGCUGGCUAUAUCUGGACUGAAGGUGAAUCGCUUGGACAUGUAUGGGGAGAAGUACAAGCCCUUCAAGGGGAUAAAAUACAUGACUAAGGCUGGCAAGUUCCAAGUCCGAACCUAGAGGAUCCUGAUAGCGAGGAAGAGCACUUUCCUGUUUUCUCCUGUUCCUGGCUGUUGGAUGCAGCCUCUUACCCCAUCCAUCUGUUUAGGGUUGCUCCCUUGCCUGUAGUAGCAUGAGCAGGAGAGCCAGUGCUUAGGGUACUGGGGAGCAGGGAAAAGUAAGGCUGACCUGAAACCAUCUCAUCCCUAGCUGAGUCUGAAGUAUUUGGAACAAUGGCAGAUGGGAGAGGCGUUCAGGUCCCUUGGGAUUAGUGAGUCAGCUAUGUAAGCUUGUAUCACCUUCAUUUUGCUGUCUUAAAGGAAAUUCUAGGGAUUUAUUGCCUUUUGUGACUCCUCUUCCUUAUAUUUUGGUUGGCUUUUAUCCCUUUGUAGAUGAUACAAAGUUGAAUUU